AUGAUGGCGUCAAAUCUGCUGUCCAGGCUUCUGCCGUCUGCGUCAGAUGAUCUCCUUGAGCAAGAAGCUUCCAACAACCAAAACCGCCGCACAUCUUCCUCUACCGAUGAGCGACCUGACAUGGACAUAGACGAGGAGAACUUUGGGGCUCGCUUUGAGGCACAGGACCUCAACGAUCUCCUAGCUGAAGCUUCUUCAAGCCAUAUGACAACCGAGAGCCGCGCCGCCUCUCCGGAGGCAAGACGCAACGCCCCGCCCGGGAUCAAUACAGCAGCCCGGGCACCCGCAUGGAGACAGCCUGCGCCAGCUCGAGCAGUGCCCUUGGAUGACGACGACGAUGUGCCCCAAGGAGGCGCACCCGUGCGAGACUGGGGUGCUAUCGGGAGAGGGGGACAGUUUACUGCUGAUCCAAAGGAGAAGGCCUCGUGGCUGUGGGUGAACCAGACGGACCUCGAUACAUACAUGCGCGAGGUAUACGAAUACUAUGUCGGCAGCGGCAUUUACUCGAUGAUUCUGCGGCGGACGCUAUCACUACUGCAAUCUGCCUUUGUGGUUGGGUUCAUGACCUUUCUUGGCUGGUGCAUCGACUACUCAAAGCUCUCUGGUAGCAACAAAUUGAGCCAGGUGCUGGUGCCCAAAUGUACCAAAGAGAUACACGGAUUUUGGAUAUUCGCGCUAUGGGUCUUCACCAUCUACUGGCUGUACUCGUUUUAUGGGCUGCUCACGGAUAUCCCACGGCUACGAGCUAUGCACGAUUUCUACCACUACCUCCUCGACGUCCCCGACCGCGACAUACAAACAAUUCAAUGGCAGCAGAUUGUGAGCAGGAUUAUGGCUUUACGGGACUUGAACUUGACGACUGCCUCGAACCUAUCACCCGAGACUCGCAAAUUGCUAGACUCGAAGAGCAGACAGCGAUUAGAUGCAGUGGAUAUUGCUAGUCGGCUGAUGCGGCGCGACAAUUACCUCAUCGCGCUUUUCAACAAAGAGAUUCUGGAUGUGACAGUGCCUAUACCAUUCUUAGGGAACCGAUUCAUAUUUUCUGAGACGACCGGGUGGCACGUCAAUCUCGCCGUCAUGGAGUUCGUCUUCAGUGGCCCGAAUGGGCAGUUCAACCAGGACUUUUUGAAAGAGAGGAAUCGCCGAGAGCUUGUGAGGAGGCUCAGGGGCCGCUUCUUUUGGACAGGCAUAAUCAGCAUCAUCUGUGCGCCCUUCGCAGUUGUUUUUGUCCUGGCGUCGUAUCUGUUCAAGUACUUCACCGAAUACCACAAAGAUCCUGGCCAGCUGAGCAACCGCGACUUCACUACCUUUGCUCAAUGGAAGUUCCGCGAGUUCAACGAGCUUCCGCAUCUGUUCAACCGCCGUCGCAAUAUGGCGUAUCCCUACGCCAACCUCUACUUAGCACAAUUCCCCAAGGAUAAGACUGAGCAGAUAUCAUCCUUUGUAGCUUUCAUUGCAGGAGCUUUUGCAUCCGUUCUUGUCGCUUUCACAUUACUCGACUCAGAGUUGUUCCUCACUUUCGAGAUCUCACCUGGAAAAACUGCAAUCUUCUGGAUUGGUGUUCUCACGACAAUAUACCGUGUCGCUCGAGGAAGCAGUCCACAGGAAGACCAAGUCACGGAUCCAUCCUACUACCUCGAUCACGUCAUCUACCACACUCGCUAUAAGCCAGACUCAUGGCAGGACAGGCUGCAUACGGAUGAGGUCCGGGCUGAGUUUGCAAAAUUGUAUCAGCCAAAGAUUCUUAUCUUCGCCGAGGAGAUUCUGAGCAUGGUCGUCACUCCAUUCUUGCUCAUGUUUCGCCUGCCACAGUGCAGUGAGCGUAUCGUCGACUUCUUCCGCGAGUUCUCAAUCGUAGUCGACGGGCUGGGCGUCACCUGCUCAUACUCCAUGUUCCCCUUCAAGAAAGGCACGCAGAAUGUGAACAAUGCACCUGCAAACCGGAGCGGAGCACACAAAGACGACGGGGAUCUACGCGAAGACUACUUCAUGGCCAAGGACAACAAGAUGCUAGCGUCUUACUACGGCUUCCUCGAUACGUAUGCAACAACAGGAAAGGGAAACAGUGCCCGCCUCCCAGGACGCGCAGGCUUCCACCCUCCACCCCAAUUCCCCAACGCUUUCGGCGCCAUGUCGCAGACCGCACAGCCAGUCGACGCCGUCAGCCCCUUCAGCGCCGCACACCAAGAUCCGGGCCCGCUGGACGAGACGAACCCAUCGCGUCUGUCCUUCUCGAUCCCCAUCACCAGCCGUCGUCAGCGUCUAUACUGCGCGGCUCACCGCGUACAGGUCCGUCGGGGAGAUACAGAACACCGUUACAACCUGUAG